AACUUAAAUAAUUGUUGCAUAGAAAUGAGUCUAAACUAUUUUAUGAGUAAUUGAUGAUGCAAAACUAUCUAAUAAUUCUCCUAUGAUGGCAUGUGAUAUCAACAUCAAGGACAACUGAUGGCAUGACACAAUCGUGUAAAUUAGAAACACUGCAUUUAACCACAAUUACUCUUGACCAUAACAAAGUGACAAAUUGCGGGGGUGUAUUUAUCUAUGGUGGAAUAUAAGAAUAAAGAAUAAGGAAGAAAGAAUAGUAGGCAAUAGAAUAGAUGGCAGAGGAAGAGUCUUAUCCAUUGUUUGAGACAAGGAGGGCCAAAGGAAGGGUCAUUUACACAAUCUUCUCUUUAUCGCUUUUUGUGGGCAUUUUGUUCAUCUGGGUUUACAGAGUGAGUCACAUACCCAGAGAAGGUGAAGAUGGGAAAUGGGCUUGGAUUGGUUUGCUUUGUGCUGAACUAUGGUUUGGUCUUUAUUGGCUCCUCAGACACCCUUUCAGAUGGAACCCUGUGUUCAGGGAACCUUUCAGACACAAACUCUCUCAAAGAUACGAGGAGAUAUUGCCAAGAGUAGACAUCUUUGUGUGCACGGCAGAUCCAGGGAUUGAGCCAGCAGUGAUGGUGAUGAACACAGUGCUAUCAGUUAUGGCUUAUGACUAUCCAACUGAGAAGCUGAGUGUGUAUCUUUCAGAUGAUGCUGCUUCAGAUAUUACCUUCUAUGCUCUCUUAGAGGCUUCCCUCUUUGCCAAACAUUGGCUUCCAUUCUGCAAGAAAUUCAAGGUGGAACCCACCUCACCAGCUGCAUAUUUCAAAAGUAUUGCCUCAUGCACUCAUCCAAAUAAUCAUGUCAAUGAAUUGGUCCCCAUCAAGAAAUUGUACCAAGAUAUGGAAAGCCGAAUAGAAAAUGCAGCUAAGGUGGGUCAAGUACCCGAAGAAGUACGCCCAAAGUAUAAAGGAUUUUCUCAGUGGGAUUCAUAUACUUCUCGACGUGACCAUGACACAAUUCUUCAAAUAUUACUUCAUGGAAAGGACUCGAGUGCCAAAGAUGUAGAUGGAAAUGUUAUGCCCAUAUUGGUGUAUUUGGCUCGCGAGAAGAGACCCCAAGUUGCACAUAACUUCAAAGCUGGAGCAAUGAAUUCAUUGUUAAGGGUGUCAUCAAUGAUUAGCAAUGGGGAAAUUAUCCUUAAUGUAGAUUGUGACAUGUACUCAAACAAUUCCCAAUCUCUAAGGGAUGCACUCUGCUUCUUCAUGGAUGAAGUUAAAGGCCAUGAAAUCGCUUUUGUGCAGACUCCACAGUGUUUUGAGAAUGUCACAAAUAAUGAUCUAUAUGGUGGUGCUCUACGAGUAAUUUAUGAGGUGGAAUUCCAUGGUUUAGAUGGACUUGGUGGACCUUUUUAUAUUGGAACUGGCUGCUUUCACAGAAGAGAGAUACUAUGCGGAAGAAAGUUCAAUGACCAAUACAAGAAUGAUUGGAAAGAGUAUAAGAAUAUUGAUCAUAUGAAAGAAGGCAGCUUGCAUGAACUGGAAGAAAAAUCAAAGGCUCUUGCUAGUUGUACCUAUGAAGAAAACACAUUAUGGGGAAAAAAGAUGGGACUGCAAUAUGGUUGUGCAGUAGAGGAUGUUAUAACAGGAUUGUCUAUUAAAUGCCGAGGAUGGAAAUCAGUGUACUAUAAUCCUCAAAGGAGAGCUUUCUUAGGUGUAGCUCCAACCACCUUGCCAGAAGCACUAGUUCAACAUAAGAGAUGGUCUGAAGGAGGCUUUCAAAUUGUGCUUUCUAAGUAUAGUCCUGCAUGGUAUGCUUAUGGAUUGAUCAGUCCAGGCCUCCAAAUGGGAUAUUGUUACUAUAAUCUAUGGGUGCUUCUUUCCUGGCCAACUCUGUAUUACUGCAUCAUCCCUUCACUGUAUCUCCUCAAAGGCAUUCCCUUGUUUCCACAGAUGUCAAGUCCAUGGUUCAUACCUUUUGCAUAUGUCAUACUUGGCGAUUCCUCCUACUGCCUGUUGGAGUUUUUGUGGUCAGGAGGCACAAUCCAGGGUUGGUGGAAUGACACACGGAUGUGGCUUUAUAAGAGAAUAAGCUCUUACCUCUUUGCUUUUUUUGAUAUCAUCUUGAAGUUUUUCGGGUUUUCAGAAUCAGCCUUUGUUAUAUCUGCAAAGGUAGCAGAAGAAAAUGUUUCCCAAAGAUAUGAAAAAGAAGUUAUGGAGUUUGGAAACUCAUCCCCAAUGCUCACUUUACUUGCAACACUUGCAUUGCUCAAUUUGUUUUGUCUUCUUGGAAUGUUACUAAAGCAAGUAUUCAUAAGUGAAGGGGGUCUCAGAAUUUAUGAAACAAUGGCAUUGCAAGUUCUACUAAGUGGAGUUUUGGUUCUUAUCAAUGUACCUGUGUACCAAGGCCUCUACCUAAGAAAAGACAAGGGAAGAUUACCAAUAUCUGUUGCAGUUAAAUCAACAACAUUGGCUCUAAGUGCAUGUGUCCUCUUUAUUGCCAUAAGUUAAAAUGUUUAAUAUUCUCACUUUUAGUUUAAAGUGUUCUUCAUUUGCAAAGUUUUUCUGUUUUAGUGAAGUAAUUUAGAAAACGUGAAUGUUAGUCAUCUCAAUUCACCAAUAUCCUGAUGUUAUUUAUUCAAGUGCUGAAAAAUUGUAUUACAAAGAAUAUAUCAAAACUAAUUUAAAUGAAGGUUCUGAAUUUGAGUAUGAGUAUUCCUGAUACAA